GAGCCACAAUUGAAGUAAACUACCAGCUCUCAGCUACUCCAGCCACGCACGUGCCAUGGUUCAUUCGUUGGGUUGGGCAGGUAAAGUAUUAUAUCAUCGAUGUUGAUAUCGUGGAUUAUAAAUGCACCCAGUUGUCGGAAUACUCAUUCAAUUAAUACACUUCAUCCCUUUGGUUCUUCUCGGAUUAGCAGGCAAAGUUACAAAAGGACAGACAACCUUUUCUUACAGCCAUCCCACCAUUCUUCACUUUAUUCCGCGCCUCAGCUCUGUCGUCACUUGCAAGCAUCACAAUGCAUCGUCUCGAAAGCGGUAUAGUCGCCUGCAGCACCCAUGGUGAGCGGCUGACAAACACAAUAUCUCCAUAACUGUCAAAGACUUUUGCGUGCAGUAAUCGCUUUUCUAGCAGGCUUUGUCGCGAGCCCAACACAAUUGACAUCCGGCCGAUGAUUGCGGGGUCGUACCUGGCAAGGUCGUCGAACUAUGGAUAACUUUAUCGUCAAAAACAGUACCAAUGUUUGGGAAGAUUCGGCGUCGCGAGCUAUCUCAGAACGAUCCCAAGCUUUCAUCGAGAAUGGAGAGACGAUGGACAAAUCUUCUGCUACAUUGUUAUCUGUGAGAGAUAGUGGAAUACUUGAUGCUACCGCGCGGGAAAUUGGCAUGACAAAGACCGAUGAAGAUGAAGUUCAACUGAUGAAGGAGAAAUUCCCGGGACUUGAGCGGUUUUUUGCCGUCAAACAUCACAAAUCAACACCUAGCAACGGUGUUUGGGAACAAUUGAAGCCAUCAAAUGCCUGGCUACAACCCAUAGAGAACAGCCCGGACUACGAAGUCGAUCUCACAUCAAAAACUGGCGUGGCUCUAAGAAAGUCUAAAAAAUCACAGAUAGUAUUGGACAACCGUCAAAACAAAAACCUUCUGGUAACACAAGCCGAAGAGCAAGAUAGUAGUGAAAGCAUUUCUGAGAGGGGCGCAUUUAAUCAAGAAGAACCAGUGCCUACCACCAAGAGAUUGUGGAGGGCGUAUAAACGCCCCUAUCGUCACUUAGACGACCUCCUGGCAGCGAAACCCGAUAUACCAUCAGGCGCUUCUAUACUUGGUUUGCUUCAUUUGGCGGAGUACUCAAUCAAGCAAGCAGAUACGUUUCUCGAUAAUUUAGAGCGGCCAGAUUUAGCUCUGGAGAAGUGGGUCACAGUGAACAUCACAAUAAAUAGUACUAUACCCCGCAGCGAUGGCUACAAGUCACUCGUGAGCGAUCCCGGGCUUCUGACUAGGUAUAAUAUGUUGAAAAAAUGGCUGAUAGAUAAAGACUCGACAUUUGAAGAAGCCAAAAGCGUUAUUAGGGGCGACAAUUGGAAGCAUGGCGUUCAGCCCUUGUCAGCGUAUCCAAUCAGCUGUGCAGACGGAGAUAACAAAGCAGUACCCAUCGAUGGUGAAGGGAAAAGAUGGCGAAAACAAGACAACACCAAGUUCGAAAAAAAUGCAGCUGCAGCUCCAGCAUUGUCCGAUGCUAACGUUUGUGAAAGUUCGAGCGAAAAUGAGAUUCCUACAAUGCAUAGUGAGUCUUCUUCCUUGAAGUUAUCGGAUGGCUUUACAAUUUCCUACCCAUGCCAUAUUCGAACAUGUCCAGACCAUCAAAGUGGCUUCUCCUCUCAGCAAAUACUCAUGCAACAUUAUGUCCAUUCUCAUGGCGAAGCUUAUUAUCUCUGUGACUAUCCUUCAUGUCAAUCACAAAUAGGCACUGCCAGUGCGUUAGGGUCCAAAUUCCGUUUCCUUCGGUCAGAUUUUCGGGCGCCAAAGGAAGAUUACAGAACCCACCUCCGAGACUUCCACAAAGAAGACAUCGGAUUAUCUUCAAAGUUGUCGACGAAAGAAAUAGAGAACCUAGGUACAUGUAGGUUCGAGCCAGAAUGGUGGAGAUGUCAAAACUGCUUGAGAAAGGUGGUCGUGGGGAGCGAAGGGUAUAGUUGCAAGUCUUGCAAGACUAUCUGUGAAUCAGCAAGAAUUUUGGCGAGGAAGACGAGGUUUGGGUUUGGCGGCUUGAUUGGUAGCGAAAGAAUGAUCUCCAGUCCAAAUGGAGCUAUACUCCAUCAGGCUUCCUAUCUUGCCGGAAAUUUGGAUGUCGCAGAUGAGUCGAAAAAUCUUGUUUGUGGAGAAAAUCAGGGUUUCGAGGAUUCUGCAAACCCCCGUUCUUUCGAUCCACGACCUACACCAUUACCUGCAAUAAACCCUCCGAAACAAAAGAUUGAAACGGCACAGCGGGAGAUAUCGACCGUAAAUGUUGCAUCAGAGCGGAGCAUUUUUGCUACAGAAUCUAUAACUAAAGAAAAUCAAGACAACGGCUCAUCCGAGUCGAAAUUCUGCCCAUCGCCCAGGGUCCCUCAUCAGGGUGUCAUCAUUGAAUAUACUCACGAAGAAUAUACCAGCAGUAAAGUAGUUCCACUCACGACGAUCAGACAAUUAGGACACGGCUCUCUUGGAAUCGUUGACGCAGUUCGUUUCAAUGACAGAGAUCAGAGUGGUUUAAUUGCUCGGAAAAUCAUUCGUCUCCCCAACUUCUCACGAAAAAGGCUAUUGCCUCUGAUCCAGCAAGAGGUGGCAGUCCUUCGGGGUCUCUCUCAUCACCAUAUCGUCAAGGUUAUCAGCACCUAUGAGACAAUCAAAGCUCCUCGGCAAUUUGGAAUUCUCAUAUCUCCAGCUGGUGACGAAGAUCUAGGCCAUUUCCUUGAACGAGUUAGUGACAGUGAUUUUCCAGAAGAAGAGAUGAAGUUGCUGAUUGGCUGGCAAUGUUGUCUUGCUUCUGCGGUAGCUUAUAUUCACUCUCAGAAUAUAAGACACAAGGAUAUCAAGCCAAAUAAUAUAAUUUGCAAGGGUGAUCAGAUUUAUUUGACUGAUUUCGGAUCCGCCCACCAGUUUAGUGCAGGUGUCACAAGUUCAACUGAAGGACCUUUAGUAGGCAUCACGAAAAUGUACAGUGCCCCCGAAGUAAUUUCAGACGAUCGAAGAGGCCGACCUGCUGAUAUUUACUCCCUGGGAUGCGUUUUUGCAGAGAUGGUCACUGUAGCUGAUGGCGAACGCAUCGAGGACUUUCAUGAAUACAGAAGCCAGCCAAUACCAGAUGAGCCUGAUAGAAUGACCUACGCUUAUCAUGCGACUUCGCAUAUGAUAGGGCCAUGGUUUAACGAGUUAGGAGAUUUCUGGAUAGCCUCACUUCUUCGGGAUGUACUGGCUCUUGAUCAAAAAUGCCGCCCGACAGCUGACGUUCUUCUUAAAAAUCUAUUGAGGCAUUAUGGGCCCCCUAGUUGCUCGUGCCAAAUAUAGUCUUUCUCGACAUUUCGACCAUGAGUGCAUAAUAUCAUAGCCCCAAAAUUUACUAAUUAUACAGAAGAGAGUAGUUCGGAAAUCACUUCGUCUUUGAAGAAUCUCUCGAAGUGUAUCAGUAAAAGAUGCACUUGGGAAGCAAAGUUCAAUGACCUUCAAAUCAAUGAGAUUGUAGAUGCUCGGUUGAGCGAGAGCGAAACUUGCAAAAGCAACUCGUUUUAUGAAGAACAUUCCAAAGCAGUUGCUAAUCUUGAGAAGACACUUUCUAGCGUCUUACACCCCAAUGAAUUACCGAGGUCAAGGAGGUGCAGCUGAGAACGAAUGGAGUUGUCCACUCAACGAACACUCUGUUUUAAGGUUCGUUUGUGAUAUUGGUAUUCAUUUUCAAACUCGUUGAAGCUGUUCCAAUUCAUCGAGUCCAUUCUGUAGAUGCUCUUGUCCACUCGGGGACAGAUGUAUGCUUCUUGGAAACUGUUGAUCUGCACCUUCGUCAUUCACAAUUUUCUGGGAAUCUGCUCCCCAGUUGUGAUUUAGGAUCGAAGCCUUUGGAGAUAUAGUAGGCUAUAUUCGUUACAAAAGCCAUCUUCGGUCUAAUCGUCUUUCUGGAAUUUCUGGAAACAGUUGACAGGGAACCUCAACAAGACGCAGAGAUGGAAGCACUGCGCCAGGCCAACUUACGACAAGAAACGAAAAUUGGGGAUGGGCAGAGGAGAUGAUCAGAGGAAAGUGCGAAAAGGGUUUUGGCAAGUUUAUCCUUCAUGCCUAUUGUGGACAUGUGGACAAGAAGCCCAUCAAUAAAUGCUUUGAAGAUGUCAUUUAUUUUACUCUGGACUCUUGAACAUGAAGUAGGCACGAUCCGGAUAGACUCCCUCAUUAGUAGUUCAGACUGCACCAUGCACGGUAAUAGGAAUCUUUAGAGGCUUCAAUAUUGCACCUACGAUCUAUCAACCUUGUUUCGGAUCCGUUACUUUACUUGCGAUGUUGGGUUUAAUUUUCCGGAAGACAAAGACAUUCUCUUCAUAAAGAUCGUAUGGCUCAACCAGAAUCAUGAACUAAUGAUGAUUCUCGCGUAUUCAACCCAUUGUCAUCCAAUUCAUUUACAUCUGCAAAACAUUUCAUAUCACUCGCAAUAGCUUCAUCGGUAGACCUCGACUCUUCAAUCCUAUCCAAACUUGUAUCUCAUUUGUGUUAACAUUCAUUUCGAAACUUUUGAAAUUAUCUUGCCACAAACAAUGUUCAGGAUCCUUGAGGGGCUUACAGUACAGAGGCCAUCUCCUUCGUUGGGUGCUGGAAUCAACGCAUAGAGCAGUGGAGAAUAUGUUCUUGAUAUGCAGUUGUCUGAUAAUCAGUUUAUAAUGUCUUGUUUGUUGGAGCACAAAAUAUCUUUCUCGUGAGCCCGGUUAGUUCCGAGGCACCAGGUAGCUUCAAGAGACGUGUGCAUGUUCUCUGCUCUGACAGUCCAGUAUUAGAGAUCCUAAUAUGACUACUUGGAUGGGAAAUACCGGUUUCCUAAGCAAGACAAAGACUAGUUAUGCAACACGCUAAUUUGAAAUGGCAACCGAAUGGUUACACCCUAGGAACAGAUUGUUCCUCUUGUUCUGGGAAUAUCAGCAAACACAUGACAAUUUUGACCUAUGGUCUCGAGAAAUUUAAUGUUCUAUUUCCAUACCCUCUUUA